AUGCAGAUUGUAGUGGUGGGUGUAGAGAGGGAGUGCGCCGCAGGAAUACCUGAAAUGGAUGGGCGGACGAGGUUGGCGGCAGGACCGGGGUUUCUUCUGGUGCACGCUGCAGACUGCACAGCACAAGCGGGUUUGGCGCCUUCAGCUACAGAGCCAGAGCCAGCUAAGACAACGACAUCGACGACCAAGUUCAAGCCAAGCCGCCCUGCUGGAGACGUUGUGGGUGGAGAUGUCGGCCCGGAUGGUCGGAGCGUUCUCGUUCUGCGUUGUUCGUCGCUCGUCGGACCUGGUACUGUAGCUUUGGUGACGUCGGCGGCCGACACCAAUUGGUGA